AUGGGCGGAGAAACAUCAAAGAAACUGAGAGAGAACGUCGAUCGUCUAGCGGACAACGACAGGCGCUGUAUUGAACUCAACUGCGAAGGACUCAAGAUAGGCGAUCGCGGCAUCGCUGCCUUGUCCGACGCUCUGCAGACGAACACGAGACUCAAAAGUCUCAGACUUGGAGACUGCGCAAUCACGCACAUUGGAGCUAGAACGCUCUCCAACGCAAUAUGUCAGUCGCACGACGUCAGCAGGCUGCGAAGGCUUGAUUUCACUACUAGUGACGUAUCAAGGAGAGGAAAUCCGUUGGGGAAUGAAGGAGCAAUAGCUCUUUCAGAGAUUCUACUCGAUCAGCACACUCGCUUGCAGACGUUCGUUCUCAGAAACUGCAACAUCGGAGACGAAGGAGCCAUAGCGAUGGCAGACGCAUUGAAACACAACCAGACUCUCAUGACAUUGGAACUCAGUGAUAAUUUGAUUAGCGAUAAAGGAGCCGAGAUGAUCGGAAAAGCGUUGAUUGAGAAUUGUACUCUCAAGGGGCUGUCGUUGUGGCACAAUCGAUUGUUUCCCGACGGAGCGGAAGGUCUUGCUGCAGGACUGAGACAGAACUCGACGCUUGAUUGGCUGGGGCUUGGCUGCAAUCACAUUGGAGACAUCGGACUGAAAGCGAUCUCAGAAGCUCUCCAAGUAAACUCUGCAAACUCGAGUCUACGUUGGCUCGCAUUAGGAGGGAACAACAUCACAGACCGAGGCAUCAAGCAUCUCGCUCUCCUUCUCAAAGGUUCCCUACAACCAGAAAAUGACAACGAAGUCGAAACACGACUUGAUGCGGACACUCUGAAUGGAACACGUUGUCGAUUAGAAUCGAUUGGUUUGGGUGGAAACGACGUGUCCGAUGUGGGUGCUAAGCAGCUUGCUGACGCUCUUCAAUACAACAAGGUGCUGAAGUCGCUCGGUUUGGCUGACAAUCGGAUAGGCGACGAGGGAGCUAUCGAUCUUGCAAAUGCAGUGCAUGAGAGUGAGUCGUUGGAGACGCUUGUUGUGUCUGGCAAUGAUAUUGGCGAUGAAGGUGCAUCGCAGCUUGCAGCGGCGUUGGCUAAGAAUCAGUCGUUAAAGAGUCUUUUUGUUGCCGAGAACGACUUCUCGAAUGAUUCUGGUAGGCGAUUUGUCGAGGUUCUCUCGAAGCACAAUGUAACGCUGAAAGUUCUGGACAUUCACAACUCGGCAAUGAGCCCAGACGGAAUGAAAGAAGUUGUGGAUGCUCUUCAGACUUCACAUCUUACGACAGUUGGAGGAGAGUUGUCGCAGGUGAAGGUCAAAACGAGUCCGGUCAGAAUGUCUAUGUCUGGAAAUGCAUUACCGUUGGAUGCUCGUGAGAGGUUAUCGUCAGGAACGACAAUUUUUCGAUCGUCGGCUCCCGGAUGGGAUCAAAGUCACAGAACUAUGGAUUCUCUUCCAGGGGAAGGUCAUGAUAUGAGAUCUGCAGCAGAGCUUGAUGUGGCUUCAUUUCAAGGAGCAAGACAGCAGUCAGACAGCCAGCUAGAUAGUGACGGUGAUGUUUUAGAUGCUCGACAACGGGCAGUACAGAAGGCUGCAGGCAAGUUUCUCAAACUUCGACUUGUUGGACAGGAUGACACACUAUUUGAACAAAAAACAGAGCAUGUUCAAUCAGCACAAGAUGAAACAUCAUUUAUUACAUCCGAUCACAAUGUCCCACGUCUUCCUUCCAACAGUCACAUGUUUCAAUCACACGUCAAUCACCAACAAGACUCAGUCAAUGGACAACAUCGUGAUGUCAAUGCACAACUUUAUAGUCACUCCAACACUGAGUCUGUAGACAGCAGUGAAGACAAUAAUCCAGCCAUGUCCGUCAAUUCCAUGGAAAGACAACUAGAGCACAUUACAGACAGACAUUCAGAUUGUGUGUCGGAUGUUGGGCAUAUAGAUGGCCAUGAUGACAAGCGUCAUAGUUUUGUGAACACACAGACUGUUAAUAUUGGAAGUGAUGGUAACAUGCAGUCUGAUCCUGUGACAGUGAUUGGGCCCACAGGUGCCACAGGUGGACAGGGUGGGUAUGAUGAAGAGACACAUGACAAAGUCAAUGGACUGCUGUCGUCGGAUAGCAUCUCAAGUGAUGCAAGGGACUCUGUGGUGGAGACAUUUGAUAAUUUGUCUCGGUCAGCAUCCGAGUCUUCUUUGUCUCAUUUAACAAAAGAUCGUCCUCGGCAGUUAGGCAAGCGGAAGCCUUCUCGAUCUCCUUCUGGUAGCAGCAUUUCUAACAAAGGUAUGGACAAGGAAUCUUUACAGCCAGUGCAGGAGCUACAAAAUGAAAUGGUCAUUUAUGGCAAUAAUCAUGUGGGUAUAUCUCAAGAAGAAAAAAUUGAGGGAGACUUACAUGCUACUCGUAUGGGAAAUCUACGACAGCGAGUCAAUGUUAUGCAGUUGGGAGGUAGUUUACAAAAUCUCUUUGAUCAGAUUGUGAUACGAGACGUCUCAUACAAUCAUGACUUUACAACAGCAAGGCUUCCCGAGAAUGCUUACAAAAACUGUAGAGACAGUCACACUCCUUUACCACCCGAAUCAACUCGUGUGGAACUCACAUUUACUGAGGGAAUGGAAGGCUCAGACUACAUCAAUGCAAGCUUUGUUGGCUUGCUCAACGAACCAAAGAAAUUUAUUGUUGCACAGUCGCCAUUGGAGGACACAUUCCCAGAUUUCUGGAGAAUGAUAUGGGAGCAGAGUGUGCGGUUGAUUGUGAUGCUCGGCAAGACAACGGAAGGGGGAGAAGCCAAGUGUGAAAAGUACUGGCCUGACUGGCAAGGUUAUGGUGAUGACUAUGGACUCGUAUGUGUUUCUGGUCCAGGGAAACCAGGCCGCUGGGCACCAGGUGCACUCCACGUUACUAGUAGUCGAGAUCAUGAUGAGUCGAUAGUUGGGCUGAAGUCGAGAGAGAUGAGAACAGUGACA